CCUUCUCUGUUCAAUUUGUUUGGGGGCUUUAUUUCUUUCAAUUUUGUUGCUAAAAAAAGGAAAUUUAAUUCUGCUGUAUUUUUUUGUUGGAAUUUCAGUUUGAAUUAAUGAGUAUUUUCUUAUAGUAUUAACCUUUUUUUUUGGCAUUUUUCUUGAUGUUCUAUUUUUCUUUUAAUAUGGAUGGACGCUAUUAGGGGAUUUUAGCAACAGUAUUCAAUUUUGAUUAUUUUCUUCUGCUUUUGGUGAUUAGGGGUUUUUCCUUUUAAAUUCUGUGAAAUUGGAUAAUAAAAAUAUCUACUUUGUUCUAAGACGGUAUUUGUCAUCUUUGUUUGAUUUCCAAGAAAAUGCUGGAAUGUGAAUAACUCUCUCUCUCUCUCUCAUGAAAAAAUUACAGAUGUUAAGUCGAAAAGUGGCAGAAAAUUAUUUCAGUUCAACUCGAUUACCUCUGUUAUGUUUCUUUUUCUUUUGUUGCUGAGAGAUUGCAGGAAAUGAGGGAGGUGAAAAAUGUUAGUGGAAUUUUUUUUUUUUAUAAAUAUUGGAAACUUAAUUGCAGUCCAUUCAUUCAUCUUUGUUUUUUUCUCUUCUAAUUGCUAAAAAUGCUAGAAAGUGAUAAACUGCUUUCCUGUUUCCUAAAAACUAUGAAAUUAGUUGUCAAUGGAGAAAUAAUUUGAGUCUGCUAGUUUGUUUGAUGUUUCUGUGUGGUUGUUAGUGAUAGAAUUUCAGUCGCAUAUAAUCUUGGAUGGUAGUUAAUUUUAUUAGUUGGCAGAUACUGGAAAUUCAACUUUGUGUUUUCUUUUUACUCUCUGUCCAUUUGAUUGAUGGGAAAGUACACAAUAAUGAUGAAAUGGAAAUUAUGAAUCCCAGCAUGUAUGAUUUUGAGUGUUGUAUUGGUAUUUUUUGCUUAAGUGUUUUCUCAUAUUACAAUGGCCUAAAAUUUUGAUUGAAUUUGUGUUGUUGAGUUUUUUGGUGAAUUGGGUCUUCCAAAAUUGUGUUAGAAGAAAAAUUUUAGCUCGAAAUUCCAUCCCAGUUUGAGGAGCCGAACCUAUAUUUGUUGAUUACAUUCAAUACUUGAAUACCCUAAUCUUACUUCUGCUAGAUGGAACUUUGUUUGGUCAAAUAUAAUUGGCAUGAAAUCUGCAGACCAACUAUACUAUGGCAAGUCUGCCUUGUAAGCGUAAAGAUCAUAGAUGCACAACACAAGCAUGACAGGAAAUUUGCUAAAAUGGAACUGCCAAGAAUUGUUGCAUGAGGGAAACUGUUGAGAUUAGCAGAUAUUUAAUGACUAUCUGACUGUUGGAAUCAAGGAAAUUGUUGAGUGCAGCUGCAGCACUAAAGCUGGGAGAUUGUCAUAUCACCCUAGGAUAGGCUAACUCAGAAGUGGAGAGGCUAGCUCAGGAAGCUGGUUUGAACUUUGUAAGCAGAGGGCAGAUCAUAGAAUGGGAAAUAAACUACAAAAGCCACAAGAAACAGACAUAGUUGAAGAACAUGAACAACAUGAAGAAGUUUCAAAUUUCACAUGUGAUAUAUGCAUUGAACCCAUGGAAUCAAACAGGAAAUUUAAGAAUGGUGGCUUGUGCAGUCAUCCUUUCUGCUUGGACUGCAUAUCCAAGUAUAUUACAAUAAAAGUUGAAGACGUCACUGGAAACAUUGAAUGCCCUGGACUGAACUGCAACCAUGCACUGGACCCGCUCUCAUGCAGGUCUAUUGUCUCAAAGUCACUGUUUGAUCAGUGGUGUGAUCUUCUAUGUGAUUCCACGGUCUUGAGGUUUGAAAGGUGCUAUUGUCCUUAUCGAGAUUGCUCAGCUUUGGUUUUGAAUGAGUGCAAGGAUAAACUGAAGAAAAUAAAGUGUCCUAACUGCAAGAAGAACUUCUGUUUUCGGUGCAAGAUUCCAUGGCAUGCUGGAUAUCAGUGCAAUGAAAGUGGACAGUUGAGAGAUACUAAUGACAUUCUUAUUGGGGAACUUAUAGAAGAGAAGAAGUGGACUAGAUGUUAUAAUUGUGGUCACUCUGUUGAGCGAGUUAGUGGUUGCAGAGAUAUCAAAUGCAAAUGCGGUGUUCGGUUUUGCCAUCAAUGUGGAGGACGGUUCCAUUUAGGUCCCUGUAAGCACAAGUGUUGUGGAGAUGCUUUCUGCAUGUUAUUAUUUUUGGUAGUGUUGAUAAUUUUUCCUUAUCUAUUAUACCAUCAAGUGAACAUACUAUCGCCAGAUACCAAAUAGCCUAUUGGUACUGCAGAAUUGCCCCAACAACCUAUCCUACAUAUAUGAUGUGCUUUAGCAAUUAGGCUGUAAAUGAUGCUUUAUCUAUUCAUUCAAUAAAAAGUAAACAUGAUAUUACUUCUA